AUAAGGAUUAUGAAUGAUUUGCGUGGUCGUUGGCAUUACUAAUGAAUGUAAACAUCUAAUAUAUGAUUCUAUCUUUUUUUUUUUUGAAAUAGGGAAAAUGUAAUCACGUAAGAUUGUUGUGAGCCAGAGGAGCACAAGAUGGUUUAUGGUGAAUUUUUUCAUAGAACUAAGAGCGAAGAUGAACUCGUUAUGCUGAACGUCGGAGGCUUUAAACAGGCGGUGGAUCAAAGAACGCUCUUACAAUUCCCUCACACCCGGCUGGGAAAACUUCUCAACUGUAAUUCAGAAGAAGCUAUACUUGAACUUUGCGAUGAUUACAACGUCACCGAUAAGGAAUAUUACUUUGAUAGAAACCCUUCCCUAUUUAGAUAUAUUUUGAAUUUUUACUAUACCGGUAAACUUCACGUAAUGGAGGAAUUGUGUGUCUUUUCUUUUUCCCAAGAAAUAGAAUACUGGGGUAUCAACGAACUCUUUAUCGACACUUGUUGUAGUAAUAAGUACCAGGAGAGAAAAGAAUUAAUAUCUGAGAGGGACUGGGAACAGAAAAGUGAUGUCAUGAGCUUAAGCUCUUCUUCUGACCAGUCGUCAGUGUUCGAGAAGGAGCUGGAGAUGUUUGAUGCACUUAAAUUUGGGAACAUAAGACGGAAAAUAUGGAUCAGACUGGAAAACCCUGCUUUUUCUUUAUCAGCCAAACUUUUUGCCAUCUCCUCACUCAGCGUGGUCUUAACUUCAAUUGUAGCCAUGUGCAUUCACAGCAUGCCCGAGUUCAAAAAGCUAGAUCACAACGAAAAUGAACUCGAAGAUCCAGUUCUAGCUGUGGUAGAGAUUAUCUGCAUUGCAUGGUUUACCUCGGAAUUAGUCGUUCGACUGGCAGUAGCCCCAUCUCAGAAGAAAUUCUGGAAAAACCCCAUGAACAUAAUUGACUUUGUCUCCAUCUUACCGUUUUACGCCACUUUGGUUGUAGACACCAACAAUAAAGAAAACGACAAUAUAGAGAACAUGGGAAAAGUUGUGCAAAUACUUCGACUUAUGAGAAUAUUUCGAAUCCUCAAGCUUGCAAGGCACUCGGUGGGGUUAAGGUCUCUAGGAGCCACUUUAAAGCACAGUUACCAUGAAGUGGGGCUUUUGCUUCUGUUCUUGGCUGUGGGCAUUUCUAUUUUUUCAGUCCUCGUCUAUUAUGUUGAAAAGGACGAAGAACUUUCGGAGCUUAAGAGCAUCCCCAUGUGCUGGUGGUGGGCCACCAUCAGCAUGACCACGGUUGGCUAUGGUGACACGCACCCGGUCACUUUAUUAGGAAAACUUAUCGGCAGUGUUUGCAUCAUUUGCGGUAUACUCGUGGUGGCUCUUCCGAUAACUAUAAUAUUUAACAAGUUUUCCAAGUACUAUCAAAAGCAAAAGGCAAUAGAUGUGGACGGGUGCAAUGAAGAAGAACAAAAGGAUAAGUUUAACGAUUUACCUUAUUUUAACAUAAGAGAUUUAUAUGCAAGAAGGAUGAACUCCUUUAUUUCAAGCCUUUCAUCCGUUGGAAUUAUUGCAAGUAAUGAUUCAACAGAUGCUUCCAGCAUCCAAGAAGAGGAUGACGAUGCCUGUGAUAAAACUUUGAAAUGACUUUAAAUAUACGCUAUAUAUUUUUCUGUUUCCUUAUCCCUCAUAUCU